AUCGCUCUUGUAUGGACGUUGCUACAUCCCAUUUUGAGCGUACAUUCCAAGUUGCGUUGAAGUUACGAAUACGAUGUGCUUGUGUUUACGUUUUUAAAGGUGCUACUUAUAGGACGAACAAAAUGUUUUUCUUAAUAAUUGCAGUUGUAUUUAUUGCAAAUGGAGGUGGUGCUCAACUAAGCGAAGAUAAUUGCGAUGCGAGCCAGCUGAAGAUAUGCGUGGAAUCCACACCACGAACACCUGUCGGAUUACCGCGCACUAAGCAAGAACUCGAUGCUCACUGCCUAGCAUACCAAACCGGCAUGGCGUGUAUGGAUGCCUGGAUCAAGCGAUGUUUGCCCACCGAUGGGCAAAAGCUUGUGCAGCAGCAGAUCGGAGGCGCGAGGGCACUCAUGCGUUACCUCUGUACCAACGAUACGGCUUUACGUAGAGACUUUCUGAAGGAGCCAACGUGCUGGGCAGUGGUGUCGCCGGACUGGUCGCGCUGCGUGGACGAGCUGCAGCUGGCUGUGCGGGACAUUUCCGAGCGCUCGCACCAAAUUGUUUACUUCAAUAAGAAUACCGAAUUGUGCUGUGCUCGUGACGAAUUUGUGUCGUGCGUGGCGUUGGCUGGGCGCGCUUGCUCCAAGGCGGCGGGCAACCUGCUGCGAAGCAUGGCGUGGGUGCUGGCGCAGGACGUGGCGGCGUGCAGCACGCAGCCGAGGGUACACUGCGCGGCACCCCUUCCACCUUUCGCAGCACCAAUUCUGAUCAUGCUCUCCGGUGCUUUACCUUAUCCUUUGCGAUAAGUAUAAAACUUCCCAGCUACCUUUUUAUCCGACUACGGCAUAACCGAAAGGAAGGGUUAUGA